AUGUAUGGAAUUGCCGUUUUCGUUCUCCUACCACUUUUUCUUUUCUUACGCUUCAUCGUCCAUCCUAUCUACCUGUACUUCUCGGAUCCCAAAGGCCUUCGUCGAUAUCCGAAUUUCUCCCCUCUUGCCGGAAUCACCAACAUUCCGUAUAUGAUAGAGUCUGCCAGUGGAGAGCGAUCCAAACGCCUUACUGCACUGCACAAGAAGCACCCCGUUCUCCGCGUCGGACCAAACGCCCUUUCAUACGGCGAUGUCCGGGCCAUCAAGGACAUCUACGGCCACGGCACCAAGUGCCUGAAGGACGACAUGUACGUCCUGCAAUCAGGCACGCACUUCCACCUCGCCGACGUCAUCGACAAGGGCGAGCACGCGCGCAAGCGCAAAGUCCUCUCCAGCGCCUACGCCAUCAAGAACCUGGAGGAAUGGGAAUACAAGAUCGCCGACAAGGUCCAGCGGCUCGUCCACGCCUUCGACGCGCGCUGCACCGCACCCCUCCCGCCGGGCGGCCGUCCCGAUGAGAAAGAGCUGACGGUCGACUACCGGCGGUGGACCAACUUCUUCACCAUGGACGCCAUCGUCGACAUCGGGCUGAGCGAGCGGCUGGGCUGCCUCGACCGCGGCGACGACGUCGUGGCCAGCGAGGCGGUUGACGGGAAGAUCACGAUGGUGCCGUACAUCGCCGCCGUGCAGGGCCAGCUGACGGCGCAGUCACACCUGGUGUGGGCGUACGGCUGGUACCGCGCGCUGCACCGGCUGGCGCGGUGGCUGUCGCCGACGUACCGGCGGUGGAUUGCCGUGGGGGAUCACUUCGACGGGAUUGUGCUGCACCAGGUGCGCAACCGCAUGCGGCGGUACGAGGCGGGCGAGGAGAAGCUGGAGGACUUCUUCCAGGCGCUCAUGGAGACGAAGGAUGGGGUUCCGCAGAUGCUGCCGCUGGGCGAGAUUAAUGCUGAGUGCUCGAUUAUGCUCAACGCCGGCUCCGUCUCCACCGCCGUCGCCAUCAACAACGUCCUCUACAACCUCCUCAAACACCCCCACUGCCUCUCCACCCUCCGCACGGAAAUCGACACGGUCGCCGACCCCGACGAAGUCGUCAUCCCCUACGACAAACUCAAAAACCUGCCCUACCUCCGCGCCUGCCUCGACGAAAGCAUGCGCAUCGCACCACCAACUCCCUUCGGUCUGCCGCGCAAAACACCUCCAGAAGGCACGACCGUGUUCGGGGAGUACGUGGCAGGCAACACGUCGGUGCACAUGUCGUCGUACGUGGCGCACCGGGACGAGAAGGCGUUUGCGGAGCCGGAAGAAUUCAGGCCGGAGAGGUGGCUCGGCGCGGCGGGGAAGGAGCUGCAGCCGUGGUUUAUUACGUUUAGUGCGGGGGCGAGGGGGUGUAUUGGAAGGAAUAUUAGUUAUCUCGAGCAGGUGGUGGUGACGGCGUCGAUGGUGCAUCGGUAUGAGUUUGCGCUACCCGGGGAGGGGUGGGAGCAGAGUAAGUAUGAGCACUUUAAUCUGAAUCCGGGCCCGUUGCCGUUGAAGAUUUGGAGGAGGGAGGUGGAGGUGGAAGAGAGUUGA